GCCAGCGCCUGGGCGCGCGGCGCCCGGCCGCCAUGUGGCCGCCGGGCACCGCCGCCGCCGAGGGCCCCGGCGGCGGGCCCGCCAGAGGCGCGGGCUGGGCGGAGGCGCACGAGCCCUCUGCGGAGGCCGCCGCCGGGAGGCAGCCGCUGGAGGCCGCCCCGCCGAUGGACUCGCAGGUGACCCUGCCGGCGAUCGACGUCUGCUACGUAGAAGACGCUUGCCUGCCCGACGAGGUGCUGGGCGAGUACGGAUCGUCCACGCUGCCGUCGAGCGUGCCCUUCAGCAAGGUGGCAGAGAGCAUAGUGAAGAACGCGCCCGACUUCGAGUCGGUCUCCGAGAAGGCCCGGAUGUGGUGGCUUCGGACCUUCAAGUCUGAGCGCUCCAUGGCCGUGAUCGGCGACACGUACUGGUUCUGCAUAUGCUCCUACUUCAAGGCCGACAGGCACAAGGACGUGGAGCAGCGCCUGUACGCGCGGGUAUCCGAGAACUUCGUCGGCCUGUUCCGGUCGAUCAGCCACCAGCGCAAGGACUUCUUUUUCAGGGGCUACGCAGAUGCCGUUGCGCAGGCAGUGUUCUACUCGAUGUUCAUCCUCUACCCCAAGUCGCGUGCCAGCUUCAAGUCCGCUCUCCGCAGAGAGCUCGUGACCCAGAUAUCCUACUGGACGACGGGGGUGCGCCUGGAGCUCGUGGACACCUCGCACUGGAGGCUCAGCCUGGGCAGCGGCGACGUCCUGCAGCCCGCCCCCCCGCAGGCCCCCCUGCAGAAGAGCGCAGGCAGCACGGCGUCGCCCACCCGACGGAGGCCGGUGUUCGAUGCGGUCACUGGGCGCCGUUGCGGCUGGGAGCCCGAGCCGCCGCCGGGGCAGCCCCGGCCGCCGCCGUCGCCCCGGUCUCCCGAGGAGGCCCCCGGCACCGAGAGGACCCUCUCCCUGGAGCAGCACCGGCGAGCCCAGCCGUGCACGCCGCGCCACUCGCCGCUGCUCGAGCACUUCUUCCGGACGCUCGCCGAGCGCGCGCCCGACGCCGCGCGCCCGUCGAGCGCUCGCGCGAGCGCCACGGCGGAGCGCGCCAACACGGCGGACGCCAAGUGCGUGGGCGCGCGGGAGAGCGCGCGCCAGCCCCGUGGCGGGCACGACCAGCCCGCGGCGGGGGACGAGGGCGCGCCCCACGGCGCGCGGUGGGAGAAGGGCCGGCGGAGCCAGCGGGUGAGGCUGGGCAGGGGGCUGGUGGCGACGCGCCACAAGGAGGCGCCGCGGGCCGACGCCGCCGAGCCCUCCAGCCGCCUGGCGCAGCUCCACCGCCUGCAGCUGGCCGGGGGCCAGGGUGCGUGACGGCGGCCGCGGUGUUUUUCCGGGCGAGGCGUGCGCUCCUCCCCCCCUAUCGCGCCUGCAGGCCAACGUUCGGUCGGGCCUCUCCCUUCGGGGGGUCACUCUUGCCCAGGGCCACCCCUUACGUGCUGCUGACUCUCGCCCGCGUCCCCGCCGCACUCGCGGGCGCCAGGCCGCGCGAAACCGCGCAGCCACCGGCGCGCCGCAAAACGUCGCCUGCGCAUCCGAUGCGGGGUCCUGGGGCUCGCCUCGGCCUGGUUCCCUUCUGCGCCCGCGACGGCGGGCACGGCCCCGGGUCUCGAUUCGCAUGCUCGUGUGCCGGCCGACCCACGCCAGCG